AUGGCCUCGGAUUCUACCCCUUCGAAAGGGGGAGGCCUGUCUCUCUAUGCCAAUCUCCUCGACCCAUCAUCCAAUGCAUCCUCUCCCGCAACAAUUUCUCGCGCCCCGGUCGUCUUCAAGCAGGCUUCGGAAGGCGACUCACAGACAGAUGAUUCAGCUGCCAAGAAGCAGCUAUUAAGUGCUGCUUCUCUUCGAUUUCAGCCUACGAAAAGACCACAGCUAGCGGCUCAGAAGCCUAAGCCGAAACCAGCGCUGCCCAAGACGACUCCUGCCGCUGCGUCUGCGCCGGCUCCUCCCGUGAAGACCACCCUUGCGGACUGGGCAGCAACCGAGGAAGACGAUGUCAAUGGAUUCUACGUUGGCGAGAAGAGACAGCGCGGCGGGCGCAAAAAGCGCAAGAAGAACCGGGAAGCGCAGGCGUUCGUCCAAAAUUGGGACGACAUCUACGACCCUUCAAGACCGAAUAUCUACGAAGAGUAUAAGCACAGUGAUGAGCAGAUUGCCGAGGUGCGCGAGUGGAAAGAUCGCCUCUACGCCCACCGGAUGGCACGAUCGCCGAGCAGGAACUCUUAUAGUGACGAUGAAUCCAGACCAAUGAGCAGACAAUUUGCGCCUCCAAAGAGUUUCGCGCCUCCGCCUAAUCUCAACGAUAUCCCUCCUGCACCGCUUGAUGAAGCCACAGGAGACGAUGCUGUUGCUCGACGCGCGCGCAUGACGGCAGGUCAAUCGGAUACAUUAAUGUCUGGUCAGACGCCGCCUCCACCUCCGCCUCCCCCAGAAGAGCCACCUGCUCCAAUUCCGGAUGAUCCCACCGGUGAAGAUGCCUACCUGAGACGGGUGCAAAUGGCGGCUGCAGCUCAGCCUACGCCGCACGCGCCUCCUCCGCCUCCGCCUCGACCUUUGGAUGCGCUGCAGCCAGCUUCUGCAACAAUCUCUCGUGCGCCGGUCCGAUAUACCUUGCCUCCACCUCCGGAAGAUAUUCCCGCCACAGAAGCGGAGCUUGAAGAAGUCUUUGCGAAGGAAGAGCCUGCGGAGGAUGCACUCGACGAAGAAGAUGGCCAGCGCUCACUCCGACCGGGACAAAAGGGAUUCGCUGAGAGAUUGCUGGCGAAGUAUGGGUGGACCAAGGGGUCUGGCCUGGGUGCCACGGGGUCGGGUAUCGUCAAACCGUUGCAGGUCAAAGUCGAGAAGCAAAAGAAGCGGCCAGACUCGGAAGGCGGUGGUUUUGUUACUCCUGCUGGCAGGGGCAAAAUCAUUGGUGGUAAGAGAAAAGCAGAGGAAGAGGAGGGCAAGUUCGGCCGUAUGAGCGAAGUCAUCAUCCUCAAGGGUAUGCUUGAUGGGAUGGAUGUGGACGCUGAGCUCGAGGGUGAUCAAGAUGGAGGGUUGAUGCAAGAGAUUGGCGAGGAAUGCUCAGAAAAGUACGGUCGUGUGGAGCGUGUCUUCAUUUCCCGUGAAUCUGGUCCCCCAGUGCCGGUCUUUGUCAAGUUUACUAACCAGUUAUCGGCUUUACGCGCGGUGAAUGCCCUGGAAGGCCGGGUGUUCAACGGCAACACAAUCACAGCCCGUUUCUAUGACACUCAGAAAUUCGAAGAAGGGAUAUAUGACGACCGGUAG